AUGCGUCUUAGGAAUACCAUCUCGAGGCUGAAGGAUGAGGGUUUGCAAUCCGCUGCUUUGAGGGCUGGCGAAACCCUUGAGGGUUUGGCGCAGCAGCGGCGGUUAGAUGUCUUUUGCUGGUGGUUACUGGCGUGCGUACGAAGAGCUCAGCAGCGUCCGUCGGAGGCGAUUGCUGCUUUGCUGGAGUGUAUACGCAGCUGCCCGUCUUUUGCUGCUGCAUGGGAAGACCUAACAGAUGUCUUAGCAGCACAAGUGUUUGCUGCAGGCCGCUCUCAUGGCCCUUUACCCUGGUCAGGGCCAGACACUGCAGCAGCAGCAGCUAAUGCUGCUGCUGCAGCUGCUGCAGCUGCUGCUGCUGCGGAGGGUACUGAACCUGCCCCUGAAGCGCCAGCUGCAGCAGCAGCUGCACCUGCUGCAGGCGAAAGCAGCAGGAAAAACAACGAAGGGAGACACCAGCAACAGCAACAGCAACAGCAGCAACAGCAGCAGCAGGCAAUGCAGACCGAUGUGCAGCUCUCAUGCGAUCAGGACAUUCCUAACAACGGCUGCAGCCGCAACAGCAGCAGCUGCAGCGUUAACGCUCAACAAGAGCAGCAGCAGCAGCAGCAGCAGGGAGGCCUACCUGAGGGAGAAGGCGCCUGGGGCCAGUGCGUUAUUUCAGCAGCAGCAGAAGCAGCAGCAGCAGCAAUAGCAGCAGAAGCAGAGGCAGCAGAAGCAGCAACUGCAGCAGAAGCAGCAAACAUCACCAGCCCCCAUGCAGAUGGAAGCCACAGCCAUUCUCCUACCCUAGCAAAGUGUGCAUGCGAGUUGGGUGAGAAUGAAACAGCAAUAAAAUUAUUUCAACGUCUCCAUCAACUUCAUCCAUCGCGUUUGGAUUUUGUUGGAGAUUACGCGCGGCUGUUAGCGCAGCAAAACGACAAAGAAGGAAUAAAGAGACUUGCAGAGAAUUGUGAAUCCAUUGCCCCGACAUCUUUCUGCACAUUUCAGGUGUAUGGGCAGCAGGCGCGACUAAAAGGGGCUUUAGAAGAAGCUGUUGAAGUUCUGCAUGCAGCAACAGCUCUUAACCCCACGGCUGGCGAGGGUUGGACGCAGUUGGGUUCAGCGUAUUUAGAGAUGGGUGAUUUGCUUUCAGCAGCAAAAGCCUUUGCAUUAGCAGCAGCAGCAGCACCAGCAGCAGCAGCAGCACAUUUAGGAGGAGGCCAAACGCAAGCGUUGCUGCACAACUGGGCAGCAGCAGAACGCCUCUACGCUACAGCUGUUAAAUGCAGGCCUGAUUUAGCGACAACUUGGUGGCAUCUGGGGACCGCGGAGAAGCAGAGAAAUAAACCCUCUGCAGCUUUCAAGAGUUUUGAAAGGAGACUGCGCUCUGCUGGGAAGGGUUCAUUAACUGCUGCUCUUUGGGCUGAGCGUCUGUUAGAAAGGUAA